AUGGCUCCAGUCGGGUCGGGCCUUUGGCGCACAUUACGCGCGCAUCAAGUGUAUGGCGCGAAUACAGAUGUUGGCAAGACGAUUAUGUCAACAGUGCUGUGUAAUGCCGUCCAGAGACAGAAACAGCGGGCCGCGUUCCUGAAACCUGUAUCCACCGGGGCAUUGGAUGAUGCCGAUGAUCGGCACCUGGAACGGUACGGAGCUGGAACAUUGACUAAGUGCUUGUACCAGUUCGAUGAACCGGUUAGCCCGCAUCUCGCAGCGAAAUCGAAGACUAUUCCACGGGAUGAUGAUCUUCUGGCAUCCAUACAUAAAACCCUGUCCGGUUGGGCACGGUCGGACGUUGACUUUGCCCUGGUUGAGACCGCCGGCGGCGUGCAUUCUCCCGGUCCCAAUGGCAAUUCCCAAGCGGACCUCUAUCGUCCGCUGCGACUACCCAUUGUCCUGGUCGCGGAUUCUCGACUAGGUGGUAUUUCUGCGUCGAUAUCCGCUUAUGAGUCUCUAUUGCUCCGUGGAUACGACGUACAGUCGGUGUUAUUGUUCCGCGAUGACUAUUAUCAAAAUCAUGAAUACCUUGGCGAUUAUUUCCGAAAUAAAAGCAUCCCUUUGGUGCAUCUCCCAGCUCCGCCUGCGAAGCCCUCACAAACGGACGCCAGUGCUCAACAAAGAGACGAAGAGGCUAUGCUGGCCUAUUACGGCCAAGCAUCCCAGGAGUCAGAAAUCUUGCGUCUUCUUGAGGAAAUGACUAUCAAAAAUAAACAGCGGAUUGAGAGGCUGGAAGAAAUGAAUGAACGUGCGCAAGACCUGAUUUGGUAUCCCUUUACUCAGCAUCAAGGCAUGCAAGCCAAGGAUAUCACUGUCAUUGAUUCUGCCCAUGAUGAUUAUUUCCAAACAUUUAGUUCCGGUCGCACGGACAAGCCGGGUGAGCUCCAACCAACCUUUGACGGUUCAGCAUCUUGGUGGACUCAAGGCCUGGGACACGGAAAUCCCGACCUAUCUCUCUCGGCGGCCUAUGCAGCUGGUCGAUAUGGCCAUGUCAUGUUUGCAGGUGCAGUUCACGAGCCAGCUCUUUCUCUCGCCGAUAACCUGUUGAAGACCCUUGACAACCCGCGCUUCAGCAAGGUAUUCUACACCGAUAACGGCAGCACCGGAAUGGAAGUGGCUAUCAAGAUGGGACUUCGGGCUGCUUGCGAUAGAUAUGGUUGGGAUGGUAGCCAAGAGAAAAUCAACAUUCUUGGCCUUAAAGGAAGCUAUCACGGUGAUACCAUUGGUGUGAUGGACUGCUCGGAGCCAUCGACCUACAACAAAAAGGUGGAUUGGUACCGCGGUCGCGGUCACUGGUUCGACUUCCCCUUGGUUAAAAUGGUCGAUGGUAAAUGGAAGGUGGAAGUUCCCACGGAGCUCCAAGAAGACCUAGGCUCGGACACAGAGUUCAGCUCUUUGGGAUCCGUGUUUGAUCUUAACAACCGAUUGGGCUCCGACGUCAGCCAGCGCUACAAGGAGUACAUCCACCGCACCAUCAAGGAUCUUGUGGAAACCCACGGAAUGAAGUUUGGUGCUCUCAUUCUGGAGCCCGUCAUCCUAGGCGCCGGCGGAAUGCUAUUCUGUGACCCCUUAUUCCAGCGAUGCUUGACCGACGUUGUCCGCGAACACCCAGAGCUCUUCUCCCCCAAUGCGACAUCUUCUAAGGAAUCUCCAUCGUGGUCCGGCUUGCCAAUUAUUUUCGACGAAGUAUUCACUGGACUUUACCGACUCGGACGCUCGACUUCAGCAUCCUUCCUCAAUGUCCACCCCGAUAUCGCCGUAAACGCCAAGCUCCUCACGGGUGGCCUGAUCCCUCUCUGCACGACAGUAGCUAGCAAAGAGAUUUUCGAUACAUUCUCUAGUCCGGAGAAGAGUGAUGCCCUCCUUCACGGCCACAGUUACACAGCCCACGCUGUAGGAUGUACAGUUGCCGUGGAUUCGCUCAACGCGAUGUCUAAAAUGGACAAGGAUGGUUCCUGGGAUGGAUACCGUGCAGACUGGCAGACAAACACAUCCUCGGCCUCUACGCCGGAAGUAUGGAGCGUCUGGUCGAAUGGCCUUCUUCAGGAUCUUUCCUGUGCGACAUCCGUGGAAAGCGUAUUCGCCAUCGGAACUGUGCUCAGCAUCUCCUUGCGUGAUGCACAGGGUGGAGGCUACACCUCCACUGCCGCGAAGGGUCUGCAGCAGAAACUGGCCAUUGGUGGAGAUCAGUUCAAUGUUCAUUCUCGAGUCUUGGGGAAUGUGCUCUACUUGAUGUCUAGUGUCACCUCUAAGCCCGAGUCAUUGAGAGAGUUGGAGAGUCUUCUCCGGUCCGCUCUUUUGUAA